GAAAUCCUUUUCCUCGUAAAUUUCUCGAGAAAGGACUGAGAAAAACGAAUAUUCGGUGCAUGUGUUCACUUUUCUUCCGUUUUUUCUGCAAAUCUUCUCCAUUUAUGACGACAGAUAAAGCGAACCUCGCAAGCAUGCUUUCUCAAGACGCCUUUUCACCGACCGUGUGCUGAAAUGCAGUUUGUGGAGCAUGGGUACAACUGCCAGUGCCGCACCACAGCCUGUUUCCGUAGCAUCGCCGCUUGAGGGUGUCCAUGGUAACGGGAUGGCGGACAGCAGGCAGUCUCUCACCACGAGCCCCUUCCAGACAGUCAGCAUCCACAACAACAAGGCCAAAUCCAUUAUCACCAACAAAGUGGCACCCGUCGUCAUCACAUAUAACUGCAGACAGGAAUUCCAGAUUCACGAUGACAUCCUGAAGGCCAACUACAAAGUCGGUCGGAUAUCAGAUUCCAUGCCGGAGCACUACCUGGUGCAGGGGGAAUACUUCAUGGUGCAAGAUGUGUACAGAAAGGCGGAUGUUCUCAACACCACUGGAAGCUACGGGGCGCCCAACUUCCGCCAAGUGAAGGGAUCCUACCCGCUGUACGGGAUGGGUCAGCCCAGCCUGAACGGCUUCAGACAGGUUCUUCAGAGACUCCAGGCACAAGGACAAGAGGAGAUUAUAUUCUUCUGUGCGAGAGAGGAGCCUGUGGUGUUUCUCCACAAGGACGACGACUUUUUGCCGUACACCCCUCGCAGGAAAGAGAACCUCCACGAGAACCUCCACGGACUGGAAAGGGACGACAUGGCUGAAAACCUGGAGCUCACCAUCAGGAAUGAGCUUCAUGACUUUGCCAAACUAAACGAGAACGUCUUCUACGUCUACAACGACAUCGAGUUUUUCAAAGACGAGCCGCAGAAGAUAUCCAUUGCGUGUGAAGAGGACAUCCACGUGACCGAAGAGGUGUACAAGAGGCCGAUGUUCACCAUGCCAGCCUACAGGUACCACAGGUUACCACUGCCGAUGGAGGGAGCGCCAUUGGAGGAAGAUUUUGAUGCAUUUGUUAGCGUACUCAGGGAAAGCCCCAGCCUGUCCCUGGGCCACGGCCCCCCCCGGCAGCUGCCCACCCUGCUCUUCAGCUGCCAGGUGGGCGUCGGACGGACCAACCUGGGCAUGAUCCUGGGCACGCUCGCCAUGAAUCGCCUCAGGGGGGACUCGCAACUGCCACCCCAAAAUGAGGAAGCUGCCGCUCCAGAGCCAAGACCAAUGUUUCAGGUCAUCCAGUCUUUGAUCAGCAAGCUGCCGAAUGGGCAGCAGAUCAUGGAAGAGGUGGAUCAGGCUGUUAGCCUCUGCUCAGAAAUGCACAACAUAAAAGAAGCAAUAUAUGAGAACAAGAGUAAGCUGGAAGGGAUUGGAGAAGAUUAUCAAAUUCAGGGAAGCAGUACCAAAGAAUACUUUCUCAACAGAACCAUGCAGAGCUUGGAGCGGUACUUCUACUUGAUUGUAUUUAACGCCUACCUUCAUGAACAGUAUCCUCUUGCCUUUCCUUCAAACUUCAGCCAGUGGAUGUGCGGCCACGCUUGGCUGUACAGGUUACUGUCCCGCAUGGAUUUAUCAGAGCUGUCUGCUCCGGCCCAACUGGUCACCAGAGGGGCCCGCGUCCUGGUGGCUGAUGAGUACCUGGCUCCUGAUGUGCUCAGCACAGUCAAAGAGAUGAAGGCGGUCAACUUCAGGCGAGUGCCCAAGAUGCCCGUUUACGGAGUGGCUCAGCCAACAUCAGAGGCUACAAAAGCAGUUCUGGCACAUCUGACGGACGAAAGGAGGAAGCACAGCCACGUGUUGUGGGUCAACCUGCAGGAUGAGUUAGUGCUCGAAGGAAAUGGACAGAUUUUCUUUCCUCGGGAACCCUCGUGUCUGGACCAGCACAUUUCUCUCCCAACGUCCGACUCACAGCUAAUAGAGAAACUAGAAACUUCCCUGAAGGAAGAGAUUCUGCAAUCUCAGAAGUGGUUGGAGGUGACGCUGGAGCAGGAGAAGCAGAUGAAGAUGUUUAAGAGCUGCCGGACCGUACAGGAGAUCUUCAAUCAGCACAAAAGCUCUCACCAGGGCCUCAUGUACAAACGCAUCCCUUUACCAGAGUGCAGCGCACCCACAGAGGAGGACUUUGAUAAGCUUUUGGAGGGCAUGAAGAGCACUUUGGCCGAGGAUUCUCGCUCAGCCUUCGUUUUCAACUGCUCCAACGGCAAAGGCAGAACCACGACUGCCAUGGUUGUCGCCGUUUUGACUCUCUGGCACUUUAAUGGUUUUCCAGAGUUUGCCGAUGAUGAGAUCGUGAGCGUUCCUGAUGCCAAGUACACAAAAGGAGAAUUUGAGGUUGUGAUGCAGCUGGUUCGCCUUCUCCCGGAUGGCCAUAGGAUGAAGAGGGAGGUAGACUUGGCGCUGGAUUCUGUCAGCGAGACCAUGACGCCCAUGCACUACCAUCUGAGAGAGAUCAUAAUCUGCACCUACAGACAGAUCAAAAGUGAUAAAACGGAGAAGGAGUGUCAGCAGCUUUUGCUAAGGAGCCUGCAGUACCUGGAACGCUACAUUUACCUCAUCCUCUUCAACACAUACCUGCAUCUAGAGAAAAAAGACUCCCGGCAACGCUCCUUCACCGUCUGGAUGGAACAGGUGGCUGCCAGAGCUGGAGUUUAUGACAUCCUCAACCAGCUGGGCUUCUCUGAGUUUGAGGACCUGAGGGACACGCCACUGGCCAGGCUGCGCUGCCGCUGGCAACAGCAGAACAUUCAGUCACUUCCUUUCCGAGGAGAGUUCAUCUGAGACGGGAUCACUGUGAAAGCACCAAAGCAGUACUGUGCUGUUCAGAAUAAGAGACUUUUUCAGUAACUUUGUUUGCCUUCUAUAUUUACCCCUGUAUUAUCCAUAUCUUCACAUCAUGUUUGGUUUGUAUUUUAACUCACUUGAGAUGUUAACAGAUUGUUCGGCUGGCAAAUUGUUGCUCCUAUAUUAGACGUUUAUACUUCUUUUUUGUGCCUUUUUAGAAAAAAAAAAUCAGUGAUAGAGUUUCAUUGUACUAAUAUGUCUUUUUUUUUUUUUUUAAUAAGUUAUAAAACGUCCUAACUUGUGCAGCCAUUUGAAGCUGAUGUUGGAACCAGAAGAGAGGGAAAUGUAAUGAGGGCGGGCAGUGUUGCAGUUGUGUGGUCCGAUAUUUUUCUCAAAAGCAGAUCUUUUCCCCCAAGCGCUGCUCUUGUCAGCAGCAGAGCGUUUGUUCGCUGCAAGGUUUUUGAGAGGGGUCCCUGUGUACAUACGAAAGCUGUUGUUAUUUAAGUGUCGGUGCAUCCUUGAGGUUUUUUAAACCUCGUCAGGGUGGAUGUUUUUGAGAGGAGUGCCGGAUGACACGCUGAUAUUUCGUGUUGCAUAACGGUGCCGCUUGUGUCCCUCUGUUCAUCCUGUUACUUUUUCUUUUCCAUUUGCAUUAAAUAACGUGUGGGGAUGCAGGUACUAACGUGUCAGGAAUUUUAAUGUUAGAUUUGCUUUGAAGCUGUUUGUCUUUGUGUUUUUAGAACAUUGGAGUCGUGGCGCUUCCCUUGACAUGGUCACAGCGGUUUAUUUUCAGUUUUGUAUUUCUUUUGGAUUCCACUUCGGAAGCUUUGCAUAAGUAAAAGAAAAUAAAAAAUUUUAAAGAAAAAUUGUUUUUAAAUCAUUUGGCCACCUGUACUUGUUAAGCUCAUUUCUCUGCAAGGCCCACCUCCUUUAAAAUAAAUAGAUAAAGAUAAUAAUAAUCCCAGAAGAAGCGUCCCAUGCUUGUGAGGUGGACUUCUUGAUCUUCAUAGGUGUCCUGUAAACGAGGCAUUCUCUCUUGAAAUGGGUCCGGUACUUUCCCCUUUAACAGCCAUUUUCCCGACCGGUACAUAACGUACCAAGCCAAUCGCAAUGGGGGCAGGCAUUUUGCAAUGACACAUACAUAAGUGUCCACUAUCCAAAUGAGCCCAGACGGCUGCUGUCACAUGCGUCAUUACUCUGACUGAUGGUAUGUUGAUACGAUGGCGUUUAGAGGCAGGUUCUUCCCCGUCGGUUGGUGCUGUCCCCUGGAAAGUGAAGUAAAAUCCACAGGAACCAGCCUCAGGCGACGUGUGGCUGCAUUCAAAGCGGUCGGACUCAUGAGCUUCUAGCUCAUAAGAAUUACUUUUAUGUACAUUGAAUUGAUCAAAUUAUUUGGUCAUGUUUACUUUGAACACUUGACAUCUUAACAUUUUUAUAUUUCCAGAAUUGAAUAAUAAAGUGCCUCAAAUAUAUAACACAAAUAACAACAAAGGUAUGUGUGUCUCUCUCUG